UUAUGGAAUAUUUGCAAAAUACGAAUUUGAAAUGAAGAUAAAAAACAUAACAACUAUUGAUUAUUCUUGCAAUUAUACUAGUGAGAAUGAUGAUAGUGAUCAAAAUAUGAAUGACUAUCUUAACCAUGUAUGUGAAGCGGAUGAUUCUACGAGUGAAAGUGGUACAAUAUCUGUAGAUAAUGAUAGCCUAUCUCAAUCCAGUAUUUCAGAUCAAAAUUCAGAAAAUAAUUUUGUUAUGAAUUUGAAUGUCAAUGGAAUUCCUCUUAGCAUUAAUAACACAUAUGACAUUGAUAGCACAGAUUCCACUUCAGAUGACAAUAGCUCUAUAUUAAAUUCCAAUCACUCACACAUUAAUUCUCUAAAUUCAGUUCUUUCAAAUGUAUCCCAUAGGUCAAGUAUAUCUACAUCAUCAGAAGAUGACACCUCAUCAUUUGGUACAGAAGACUUAGACCUAAAUAAUUCUGAUUCAGAUAACAAUCAAACAAAUGAAACCAAUAACCUUUCAAGUGAUACUGAAAGUGAUAACUCGAUAGAAGAUGAAGCAACUGAUAGUUCAAAUGAUGCUAACUACUUAAAUCAUAUUGGGGAAGAAUCCAAUGAUGAAUCUGAAAUGGAUGAUUUAGAUAAUUUAGUUGACAACAGCAACAGUCUUCAAGAACCAUUACCCUGUUUAGACAAAAUAUAUUCAAAAAAUACGCCAAACGACGCUAACGACACAUCGCAGAGCGUAUCUUGCAGUGUUUGCUUAGACGAUCACACUCAAAUUCUGCGACAAAAAGACAACUCCAUGAUGGCCACCGUUUGCGGCCAUAUUUUUUGCCAAAAUUGUAUACUAACUUCUUUUGCUAUAUCCAAAAAAUGUCCCAUGUGCAGAAAAACACUCAAAAGACAUCAAAUUCAUCAUUUGCACUUAUAAAUUAAUCAUUUUUUAAAAAAAUACACACGAUUUAUUGAUCAAAAUUAACUACAGUUAAUGCAAAUAUUAUAUCUUCAAGAAAGGAAAAGAUUUUAGUCCAAAGUUAGAAAAAAAUUAAUAUUUAUAUUUGCCUAAAAUUCCCUCCAUCUCUCCCUCCCCCUAUAAAUCUUCAUAACUCUUUAAAGCACUCGCUUUUAAAAUCCAAAUAUCUCAUUGGAUUUUUUAUUUAUUUUAUGAUGCAAUUUAAUAUUGACAUAAAAAAAUUGUUUCUAUCCAUGCAUUUAAGGAUUCCCUACCUUUAAUAGUUUUAAUUUCUUACUAAUAUAUUAACUAAAUUUUUAUAAAAGGAUUAAGUUUGAAGUAUUAUUUUGAAAAAAUUUGAAAUCCAAAUUUAAGUCUUUACAAAUCAAAUAGCAUAUUUUAUAUUUUACUAUUU